CGGAAAGCAUCCUGUCUGUCUAUCUGUCGGGGGGUAUAUACGCAGCCAUGGCUCUACUGUAAUGACACAUCUACGCAUUAGGUCGGGCGUGGUCCGGAACUUCACCAUAGGCCCAGCCUGGCUUAACAAACCUUGAUCAUGACUGGCAAACUGGACACGCUUCCAGUGAAGAGUACUAUCUUCGCUACCUUAUUCUGCGGCCUGUAUUCUCUUGCUGAGUAUGAGACAGCUCGCUGCCAUGAUUCAGAUCUAAAACAGUUGGCCCGUCUUGAUGGUCAUCGCUUUGCGACACGCUUCCAUUUCCCUCCACGAAUAACAUACACUAGGCCCAACGCAGUAAAUGACAGACGGAAGAAACCCAAACAGAAACAAACAAAGCACUUUAAGUAGAGGUGCUGUUCUCUAAAAUCAAACAAAAGGGGCAUCCUCAAAUGGCAGCAAGGAAGGAAGGAGGUCGGAGAAUGUUUUGUAGGGCAGU